UUGCUAUCGUGUGUAUCUGCCCCCAAUUCGCACACUUCCUACAAAGCAAUUACUAAUGUGCUUAGAUAACCUGCCACUCGCGAACAAUGAAAUUUCUUCAGGAGAUUCACCUGCGCAUCUUUUUAAAAUUGUUUCUGCUGUUUUGUGUUUUACUGCAAGGUGAGAGUCGGGAAGCGGAGAGCGGUUUUGUCACCUGCGGUUCCCUGGUCAAACUGAUUAACACAAGGCACAACGUCAGGCUCCACUCACACGAUGUCAAAUACGGAUCAGGAAGCGGGCAGCAGUCGGUCACCGGAGUGGAGGCAGCGGACGACGCUAACAGCUACUGGCGCAUCCGGGGCAAGCCCAGCUCCGUGUGCCAGCGCGGGGUGCCCAUCCGCUGUGGGCAGGCCAUCCGCAUCACCCACAUGACCACCGGCCGAAACCUGCACUCCCACCACUUCACCUCGCCCCUGUCCAACAACCAGGAAGUGAGCGCGUUUGGGGAGAACGGUGAAGGGGAUGACCUGGACGUGUGGACGGUCCAGUGCAGCGGGACGUUCUGGGAGCGUGAGGAGGCGGUCCGGUUCAAACACAAAGGGACCGAGGUGUUCCUGAGCGUGACCGGGGAGCAGUUUGGCCAUCCCAUCCGGGGACAGAGGGAGGUGCACGGCAUGGCCAUCCCAAAUCACCACAACUACUGGCGUACCAUGGAGGGGGUGUUCAUCCAGCCCAGCUCCGAAAACCCCCGCCACGAUGAACUCUGACCCUCUGGGCUCUGCCUCUCCUCUCAGAAAAAGAUUUCCCCUGCUUUACUACGCAGGUGCACUCCUGGUUCCCUGAUUUCUGUCCGAUUGACCCUUUGAAGUGAUAAAUUUAGUAUUUUACAGGUGUAUUUAUUUUUCCGAUGUGUGGGCUUGAUUCUUUUUCUGUAUGCUGUUUUAGUUUUUUUUUUUUUUUGUCUUGUUUCUUUUUUGGCAUUUUGGGCACCAGAAGAUACAUUUCUGGAAUUUUUUUCACAACCAGGUAGCUUUUGGCAGAAGCGUCUGUGACUUUGUGGAUGUGGGGUUGGUGAAUGGAUUACAGGGCUGUGGUGAAGCUAACUUCUAAAUUCUGUUACAGGUGGUCUGGAACAUGACUGAAGUACAUAUAUAAAGCAUAAUUAUGUUAUGUAAUCAUCAGAGUGUCCAUUCUUGCAGCUUCCUGAACUAGAUUUGGGGGGGCGGUCGUAUUUUGUCAAAGCACUGCAGGUGAUAGCAUGCACUGUCAUAUCUGAACAAUGAGGCUGUUCUUUGCCAUGGAUACAGGCCAAAACUAUCACUAUCAAUGUGAACUAUCAAUGACAUUUUAGAAAAAUAGAAAUUUUGGCUUCGAACAAGAUUUGAUUAUUAUUUUGUGCCAAGAGGAACGUGACUUAACACACAUACACACACACGCGUCAUUGUUAGCACAGUAUGCUCAAGAGCAGGCAAGCCUCAUAGUUUUACCAUUACAACAGUCCCAAAGAUGAUCUGCUUGCCACUAAAAAUAACAGAAAAGCGAAGGGAAUGUAAAUAUGUGUGUGGAAAACCUUUUUAUUUCCAUGUCCAAUGUGCACUAAUAAAGUUUUCUGUUUUACGUCCACCUCAAAUGACCUGGUCUGAAUAAAACCGCACAUGAUUUUUA